AUGCCAAUUGAGGAGUUGGUACGCCAGGCAGUGCUCUCCCGGAGGAUCUCGCUCGAAGAUCUCGAGAGGCUCGACCGCGGGAACGAGUUGCUCGAGCUCUCGGACUCUAUCGCUUUUGACCUAGGGUUGCACAUCAGAAGGGCAGCUCAGGAGCAAUACCGGGGCCGUCCAGUGGCCAUUGAUAUCUCUCUGACCUCUGGGCAGCAGCUGUUCCGGGGCAACUCAGGGGACGGUUGCGUCGCAGACAACGACGAGUGGAUCCGCCGCAAGAGGAACACGGUCCGCAGGUUUGGACACUCCUCGUUGUACAUCGGGAUCAAGAAGGGCCAGCUAGACAUGCGCGAGAAGUUCUUCGCGGACCCACUCGAGUACGCAUUCCACGGUGGGGCGGUCCCCCUGUACAUAGCCGGGUGUACGUUCCCAAUCGCUACGGUUACUUGCUCCGGUCUCAAGCAGGAAGAGGACCACUUGCUCGCUGCAGAGUGUAUCAGAGAUUUCGCUAAGUCCAUGUAG